GAAAGCUAGUAUUUCCGCUGACUGUAUCUUUACUGAUUGUAGGGUUUGGAGCGUUUUGUUUCCUCAGUUUCUCCCCGUAGCUCUUCUUUCACCUUCUCCGAUGGAACGUUCGCAAGCCUGAGGUUCCAUCUCGGAACUCUGGAGACCUUGACGUUCUGAGCGCGGAUAAAAAUGACUCACUCCCCAGGCGAGCUGCCGCCGCUCCGGCUCUAUCCCAAGUUGCCCGUGUGGGUAGUGGAGGAUCACCAAGAGGUCUUGCCUUUUAUAUACCGAGCUAUUGGCUCAAAACAUCUUCCUGCCAGUAACAUAACCUUUGUUCAUUUUGAUUCACAUCCUGACCUCCUUAUUCCGGUCAAUAUGCCAGCAGAUACUGUGUUUGACAAGGAAGCUCUCUUUGGGGAACUGAGUAUUGAGAACUGGAUUAUGCCUGUAGUUUACGCAGGUCAUUUUUCUCAUGUAAUAUGGCUCCACCCAUCAUGGGCUCAGCAAAUCAAGGAGGGCAGACAUUGUUUUUUAGUGGGCAAAGAUACCUCUACUACAACUAUCAGGGUUACAAGUACAGAUCAUUACUUCUUGAGUGAUGGUCUUUAUGUCUCUGAAGACCAGCUGGAGAAUCCAAAGCCUUUAGAGUUGGACGUAAUUCUGGUAAAUCCUUCCCAACUGGUCAGCAGUCAAGAGGAAAAUGGAGCAGUGCCUUCUGCUAAGAGGCUGAAGCUAGCUGCAGAAGAGUCACAAAGCACUGCAUUGACAAACUCUUCCUCUUCAGAAGGACUUUGUCCAACCCAAAAAGCAGAAGGGAUGGAAAAGGAGUCACAGUUGGCUCCCCAAACUUGCACAGCGCCAGCAAUUUCAAGCUAUUUUGAAACUCAGGACUGCCAAACUAGAGCCAGUGCUAGGGAGAUUCUCCAGAUUGUGAAGAAAGGAGAUGCCUUUGUUUUAGAUAUUGACUUAGAUUUUUUUUCAGUCAAGAAUCCCUUCAAAGAAAUGUUCUCUCAGGAAGAAUACAAGCUCUUACAAGAACUAUACAGUUUUAAAAAGCCAGAUGCAGACCUGACAGAGGAGGGCUUGGUAGACUGUGUGGAAAGUCGGGUUCAUCAGCUGGAAGAUUUAGAAGCUGCUUUUGCAGACUUGUGUGAUGGUGAUGAUGAAGAAACAGUACAGAGAUGGGCUUCAAAUCCUGGAAUGGGGUCCUUAAUUCCACUUGUUCAGAGUUUGAAAAACCGGACAGAAACACCAGACUAUGAGAUGGUCCAUCAGGCUGGUCUGACCUGUGAUUAUUCUGAACUUCCUCACCAUAUCAGCACUGAGCAAGAAAUUGAGUGUCUUGUACAGUCUCUAAAGUAUUUACUUAAAAACUUACCAAAGCCUACUCUUGUGACCAUUGCCCGGUCAAGUCUGGAUGACUAUUGUCCUCCUGAGCAAGUUGAUAUUAUUCAAGAAAAGGUCCUUAAUGUGCUUCAUACUUUGUAUGGAAGUCUAGACAUUCACUUGGAGUAUUCAACCAAUUCACCUCCGGCUUGAAAGGAAAAAAGAUUUCUAUUCCAUCUAAAAAAAUGUAUUAACAAAUUUUCCUUAACUCUUCCAUGCAACUUCUUAAAAUGAAUAUUUUGGUUUCUUAGAAAUUUUAAUUGGAAUUGUUUCUAAUGAUCUAAUCUUGAGUCUCCAUCUAUCCAGGUUAUUGAAUAUCAAAUAUGCCAAUUUGUAGAGUUACUAUAUUACCGUAUCUUUUUGUCUAUCCUCUCUCUGUCCUCCGUGUCCCUUCCCAAACCAGUCCUGUUUCUCAGACCUGUAAGCUAAAGUACAAUGGACCCUGCUUGCAUGAUUAAGAGCUAGAUGGGUCCUUAGAAGUCAUGUAAUCCAAGUCCCUCAUUUUAAAGAUGAGGUAACUAACUACUGGGGACUUAGGUGGUGCAGUGGAUACACUCCCAGGCCUGGAGUCAGAAAAACUCAUCUAUUUUCAAAUCCCCAAAACAAUUUUUUAGGGACCCCUGAGAAUAUGCAAUCAAAAUACACAGCUACGUAUGAACUUAUAGUAAAACAAGUAUACUUUCCAUGUGACAUUAGAAAGAUACCCCUCAUUAAGGAUCAUAAGUUGGAUACUCUCAAAUUUGGUCUCAAGAUCUCUUUUGAGUUUUUAGCUAAAGCCAUGCAGGCCUAAGAUUACACAGAUUGGAGAUCUUUGGCUGGACAACUUGAUUAAGCUGCUGCAGAGAUGAGUGUUUAUAUACUUGGUGUCUAUGACAGUUCUCAAUAGAUCCUUUAAAUCCUUGCAGUUUUUCCAUUGUUGAAACAGAUCAACCGGCCCUUUCAGAAUCUUAAAUUGGAUAAUACAGGGUUCCUUGUUGAUGGAGGAUGGGGAGUGAUGGAUAAAUGGAAAUGCCUGAAUGGAAUUCCCCCAUUGGCUAAAUUGAGUAUUUGAAUGUUAUAAGCACAACUUUGAUUAUUAUCACAGAUCCAGUUAAGGUUACCCACUCAGUACAAUGAUAAAGAGCUCCUCAUGUAAUCAUUGUAAUUUUCAUGUAAUCAUAGGCAGUCAUUGAGAUUUAUUAACUUAGACACUAGGGCAGCUAGGUAGCAAAAUGGAUAGAGUUCUGGGCCAGGAGUCAGUAAGACUCAUCUUUCUGAAUUCAGAUCUGGCCUCAGACACUUGUUAGCAUGUGAUCCUGGGCAAGUCAUUUGAUCUUAUUUGCCUCAGUUUUCUGAUCUAUAAAAUGAACUGGAGAAGGAAAUAGCAAACCAAACUGGGUAUCU